GAUGCCUCGCGCUCGUAGUACAAUAUAGGCAAUUCGUAAAAUAUAAUUGUUCGUUGACUUUGCUCGGCUUAUCUCUCGACCAACACGUUGCUCACUGUUUUAAAGCACCUCUUUCCAUUUCUACAUUUUACGUUCAAAGCUUACAAUCAUGGAUCAAGUAACGGCUGCUAUGAAGCAAUACGUCGUCAAUAGCAAUGAAGCACUGGAAUUUAAACUUGUUCGCAGAUCAGAAGAGUUGGAAGAUGAUCAAACUUCUUUUAAGCCUGCAAUGUCACAUCAAGUUUUUGGAGAUACUGAAUCUAUAUUCGGUUAUAAAGAUCUAAAGAUAAAGUUAUAUUACUCUGCUGGAUCCUUAGAAACCUACCUAGGUACAUCUUAUUCUAAAAAAUUUGAUGAAAGUCUCUGCGCCGACCUAAAGCCAGACAAUUUUCUACCAAAAUUAGUUGAUGUACUUACACCAAAUGUACAUGAAAACAUUGAUAUGUUUGUCAAGGCUUUAUCUAAUGAUGAAACAUUCAAACCUGCUGGAGAUCUUGUUUAUUCAUGCUCUGUUAAUGAUAACGGACAAACAAGACAUUUUGAAGUGUACAAAGCUAACAUGAGCUCAACCAAGUUUAAAGAAUACCAUCAAAGACUGCAAACGUUUGUUCUGUGGUACAUUGAUGCUGGUAACUUUAUUGAUAGCAAUGAUAUACAGUGGAACUAUUUGAAUAUGUUUGAAAGGUAUACAGCUGAAGACAAUACGAUUCGUUAUGCUACAGUUGGUUUUGCAACAAUCUAUCACUAUUGGGCUUAUCCUGAACUAAUUAGACCAAGAAUAGCUCAACUUUUAAUAUUACCACCAUUCCAAAAGAAAGGUCUUGGUAGCCACAUGCUGCGAUCUAUUUAUGCUGAAUACAAAAAUAACCCAAAUGUGAAGGAUAUUACAGUUGAAGAUCCGUCUGAAGAAUUUCAAAGAAUUAGAGAUUUUGUUGACUGUUCACUAUGUAUGAAAUUACCAAGCUUUUUCCCAGAAAAUUUGGUCAAGGGCUUUAGUACAGACAUGAUCCAUGAUGCAAAAGAACAAUUUAAAAUCAAUAAAAAACAAGCUCGCAGAAUUUAUGAAAUUUUAAGAUUAAAAUCUACAAACGUUAAUAGCGAGAGUGAAUUCAGGGAUUAUCGUUUGAAUGUUAAACAAAGGCUCAAUAUUCCUUAUAAGCGAGAACAAAACGAUUUGGCAAGACUUCGUGAAGUUUUUAAAACUGAUGAAAAUAAACCUGGUAUUUCUCUCCCAAUGGAAGAAGAACGCAUGAAAAUUCUUGAAAGAGAUUUCAACGCAUUGGUAGAGGAUUACAAAAAAAUUAUUGAAAGAUUGAACUUGAGUGAUGAAUAAUUGCUUUUUUGUUUUCUAAAAUUGAAUGUGACUGUACUUUAUUUUUUAUACUUCUUAUUUAUAGACUUAUUCUUAAUUGAUACGCUUUUAAGCUCUUGAAAUGUUUUUUAUAUCAUUGUAUUUUUUUUGUUUCCAUGUGACAAGUGGUGCAUUAUUAUGCUACUAAACACGCAGGGCGUUUUAAAAAUUAGUAUGUGUGUUGAAACCAAACACUUUUCAUUGUUCACCAUUUUAUAUGCAUUUAGGUACAUACCUAUACAAUUGAAAAAUGUAAAUAAUAAUUAAUUAUAUACCUCGAUGUUUUCAAUAAAAAUUUUUUAAAUAA